UGCAAUUACAGUCACCUUUGUUUCUACUCAACCAUUUGAAAACACACACAUUCCCCAUUUUGUUCUCAUUUCUGAUAGGAAAUUGGCUGGUGGGGUAUGAAACUUAAUCCACCGUUGACUAUCUUGGCACUAUGUUGGCUUGGAUGAGUUUAUGUAAAUGUAAAUUAAGAUAUCUUCAUGAAGUGGGUUUUGAAUAUUGUGGGUCGUACUCCGCUGAAUCAACCUAGUUUUGAUUCAUUGGUGGUUUCCGGUACACGGGUUUUGCCAGAAAAUACAGUUCGUGUAAUUGGCUUUAUCUGAUCAAAAGAGGACCCAGUUGCAUCCGUGAUCAUCCAUGGUGUUUUGGAUCCUUGAAUCUGUCACUUUGAGGCUUUAUACAAGCUAGUUCUGAAUCUUCUGAUAGCUGAGCUAAUCAGUUGUUGAGUUCCAUGAACGAAGCUUCAGGUGUUUGUGUUUCAAUGACCCCUGUAAGGUGGGAUUUCAAAAUUCAUGAAGUUGCUCAGAGUGGUUUCAGAUAUGCCCAUCACUUGCUCACUUGUAUUUCUGAUCAAGCUCAAGCGACAAAAACUCAGGAAGUGAACUUUAUAGCCCAAGAAGCACUGACUGAAUUCAGAAAACUGCUCACCCUACUUGAUGAAGAGAGGGAUUAUAAGAGAAUAAGAAAGGGUCCCCUGCUGAAUUCAGGACAUAUAAGCCCUGUAGAAUGGAUGGAUAGUCCCAGUCCUUUGUCACAAAGCCAUGGGUGCAACGCGAUUCAACCCAGCAUGGUUAAACAGUUGAUCCCUCUUCAGAACACUCAGUCUUCAACUGCCUUUUUCCCCACCAAUGGUUUCAACUUGUAUAGGGAAAAACAGAAUCUAGCAUUACAACGUUGUUACUCAGAGAGCAAUCUUGCUGUUCCAAACAACUCCAUCAUAGGGUUGAACUUUCCACAGAAAUCCGCCAUUUCUUUAAUUAGUAUGGAUGGAAGUAGCAUCGAGGAGCAGACAAUUCGUUAUUCAUCAUCUGAAAUUCUGGCUUCUCGGUAUGACUCUUCCAAGAGGAAGUGUGGGGCAAAGAGCGAAGAAGAAAGCAUGAGAUGCGUAGCCUCAUCUGGGGGAUGCCACUGCACGAAGAAAAGGAAACUGAGGAUAAAGAGAUCGUUCAAAGUUCCAGCUAUAAGCAAUAAACUAGCAGAUAUACCUCCUGAUGACUUCUCUUGGAGGAAAUACGGGCAAAAGCCCAUAAAAGGAUCUCCACAUCCAAGGAGCUAUUACAAAUGCAGCAGCAUGAGGGGAUGCACUGCAAGGAAGCAUGUGGAACGAUGCUUGGAGGAUCCUACCAUGUUGGUUGUGACAUAUGAAGGGGACCAUAACCACUCUAGAAUUACAUUUCAAGCACCAAAUGUGAUGAUUCACUAGUAGAAUGAAGCCAAGGAAUUCUCACAUUCCACGCUGGAACGGGUUAUGUAUUUAGCAAAAUUCUUCUGCCCAAGCAUGGAAAUUAUUGAGAAUGUAAUUGCUCUGUUCUUGUGGAAUGAUACUGUUUUGUUUUAUGAAGCCCAUUGAAUUCAUUCUCUUUUUUCAUGCAUA